AUGAGCUCUUACAUAGCCAACUCAUUGUUUAAGCAAACUCACGAAUCGUCAGCCUUCGCUUUGCACAACCAUGGCUACGGCUCUAGCUCCGAACUCAACGUGUCCGGCUACUGUGGUUAUGGAGGGCAUGAUCACCGGGGUUCAUUCGCAUCCCCACCGUCCUCGAGCUCCCUUGGCAUGGUAGAGAUGAACGCUGGGCUGCAUGGCAAUCCUGGCGACCUUACGCCACGGCCAGAGUCUUCCACAGGAGACGCUUCCCAGAGACGCCGCAUGAACGAGCAGACAAGCGGCCAGGGUUCUCUAAAUCUCGGACUGUAUUGUCGCAAACCCAAGACUGACUCUGAUUUCAGCGAAAUCUGCAAGACUCAAACAGGCGAGAUCAAAGUCGGAACUUUGCAACCCGUCCAGCCCGUAAGACAAGGCAACCAUUCGACUCAGCCACAAACCAGCGAACCGCAACCACAAAUAUAUCCCUGGAUGACUAAACUACACAUGGGUCACGGUAAAGUUUCAUGUAUCUCUUUUCUUUAUUUUGAACAAAAGGGAGAGUUUCUUUCGCUCACCCGCUCUCCUCCAUGUGUGUCUCUUUUUUUACCCUCCUGAGUCCAUUCACAGUUUUUCUUUCUUGAGUUUUAUAGGCUGUAUUCGGAAAUAAUAAAACUCGCAGUCGUAAAUUUUAUGACAAAGUCAUCAAUUGCUCGUAAAACUGUCCUGUUACACGGAAGAAGCGAUCUGCGCCCAAAUUUAUGACAGGGUAAUUGGAUAAGGGAGACACAAGUCCCUGCAAAAUCUCAACAAACAAUGUUUGCAUUCUACUUUAUUUAGAACCAAAACAAGAUAGUAUGAUAAGUAUGCCUAUGAUGCUUAUUUUGAGGAGAGAUGAAGGGUGAGAUUGUGGAUUUCACUGUGCAUUUUAACUGAACGUAGAAUUUUUUUUUUUAUAGGCUACUUACUUGCCAUGGCAACUUAUUUUGUGUUAUAUAACAGCAUGUAGCCUACUUUAGAGGGACAAAGGAUAUUUCUGUAACUGUAACGACCCUUCUUGUUUAAGUUGUAGUUAUAAUAAUAAUGAUUAUUAUAAUAACAAGAAUAUUAUUAGUAAUAGGCAUACUAGUAAUACAAUCAUUGAGUGAACCCGAAUGGACAAUAUAUAUAUAUAUAUAUAUAUAUAUAUAUUAUUUUAUUUUUUAUUAUUUUAUUUUUUUUAUUUUUUUGGGGGGGGUGGUAACUCAAGCAGCUUCACAUUGAUGACCAUAUAUCCAGCCAUCCAGCUAUCCUCAUAUAGGCUACAUUAAUUCAGCCAUACAGUAACUUUGACAUUUUAAAGUCAUCUUUUAACAUGAGGAUAUAGUCACAGAAGAGGCUGUGUUUUGCUAUUCAUUCUUAUUAAUUGAUGUGCUACAAGUCAUUGCAUGUCCAUUGACAAGUUAAGGCAUAUUUUAAGUGAUAAUGUUGAGACUGUUUCUAUGAAUUGCGGUCCAAGAUUAUUUUUCUCUCAAUUACACUCCAGAGGCUGAUGGUAAAAGGUCAAGGACGAGUUACACACGCUACCAAACUCUGGAGUUGGAGAAAGAGUUCCAUUUCAACCGGUAUCUGACGCGUCGUAGGCGCAUCGAGAUCGCCCAUACUCUCUGUCUGAACGAGAGGCAGAUCAAAAUCUGGUUCCAGAACCGCCGAAUGAAGUGGAAGAAGGAUGCAAAGCUUAAAAUGAAAGAGUCUAUCUAA